UAGCUAUUAAUACUAGUUAUUUUCCUUGUAUUUUGCCAAUUUACACGUAGUGUUUUUAUGAUAUGUGGAGUGUAAAAACUAAAGAAAUUUGCUAAAAAUAUAGUAAAUUGUUAGUAAAAUAAGUUCCUUUUACAAUUAGUGUACGCAAGUAAAAAAGAUGUUUGCAAAUUUGAAAAACAAACUAAUAGAAGAGGUGAAGGCGUCUCCGUCGAAAUUCCAACAAUUUGCGGCUGCAGUCUCGUCAUCGGCCAGUACAACCCCAAGUGGUUCGGAAUCAACUACGACAACGACAACAAACGAAAAUUUCUUUAGCAUUACGGAGGAAGAUACACCGCAGAAUUCACCAUAUAAACCUCUCAAACUACCACCAGGUUCAGUAAGCGGACGAGCAUACCAUAAUGGACCUAUCGGAGGUGCUAUUCCGCGUACACGAAAACUCUCUAAUUCAUCAAUGGCCAGCGAUGUGUCCUUCCGUUUGCCCACCUAUGAUUCACCACCUGUGUACCAUCUACAAUCAGAUUUGGAGUCUAAUUGUAGUGAGUUGGAAGAUACAGCAUCUACCGCAAAACUCGAAGUGGUAACUAAAGAACAAUUGUUUGAUGCUUAUAAAAAAUCGUUGGAUCGGUACCAUAAAUAUCGAAGCCGAUAUACUGAUUUGGCCAAAAGAUAUAAGGAUUUGGAACGUGACAGUACCAAAGCUCGGUCUGUACUUGUGGAGACCCAAGAGAAGGCUAUUCGUCGCAUCAGUGAAUUGCGUGAACAAUGCUCUUUAGAACAGCAAGCAAAAGCACAUCUCGAAGAAGCCUUGCGAAUGGAAAUGGAUGAUAUGCAGUGUAAAAUGCAAGCAUAUCAAACUAAGUUAAAAUUACUUGGUGAAAAUCCCGACAAUGUUACUGCCACUCCCUUAGCAAAUGAGUCUAAUGAUACAACUGGCGUUGCUUCACUUAUAGAUUUGGAUGAUACCAAUAGCAACAUCAAUAUAGUCAAUCCAGAGGAUUUAAAUGAAAGGAAAAUGGUAGAUAAUCUUGAAAGUUUGAAAAAUGAACAAGAUUUUCCACAAAUGGAGCAACUGAAGAAGGAGUUAGAUGAUCGACAAAGUCAAAUUGAAGAGUUGAUGGCAAAAAUGUCUAAUGCUGAAGACACCAUAUCACAAUUACGCAAGCAAGAAGAAGAAAACGCUUUGUUAUUGGCUCAAACAAAGCAAGCUAUUCACUCCGAGUUAGAAAAUAAAGAAAGCGAAGUAAAAAAGCUCUCAAAUAAAAUCAGCGAAAUGCAAAAUGAUCUGCAAGCAGCGGCGAAAAAAGAAAAACAAUUAAAUGCACAGGCUAGUGAGCUGAAUGAAUUGCAUGAGAAGUUAAAGAAUCUGCAGGCUGCCAAACAAGAAACGGAUGCUAAACUAAUUGCAUCGGAACAUAUGCUCGGUCAGAUUAAAGAACAGCUACUUGUAAAGGAUAAAUCAAUUAAAGAUUUAGAACAGAAAUUGUCGAAAGGACUCAAAGACAGCGAGCAGAAAGUGGUUGACUUGCGACAGCAAAAUGCGCAAUUAAACGAAAUGGUGCAGCGAUAUCAACAAAACGAAGUAUCUCUAGCCGAGAUUGAUAACGAAUUAAACAGAACGAAAAACGAAAAUGACAACCUUAAAAUAACAAUUGGCGAGAAUGAACGAAAACUACGUGAACUCGAAGAUGAAGUGCGCAGCCAAAAGGAGCAACUAGAACGCCAUCAAAAAGAACGAACAGCAGAAGAAGAUCGUUUGAAAAUUAUGUCAGCACGAGAAGAGGAAUUAACUAAGUUAUGGCAAGAAGUGAAAGAUGAUAAUGAAGUGCAAAAGCAAAUAGUAAAUCGUUUAGAGUCAGAAUUAAAGAUAUCGAAGGAGCAAAAUCACCACAAUGAAAGCGAAACGAUUGCUGCAAUCAAGGCUGAGUUGCUGAAAGCAAACGAACAGCUAGAGGAGAAAGCGAAAACUUUAAAGGAUCAAUUAACCGGUAAAGAAAAAGAACUAAAGUCGAAUGUAAAUAAACUAGCAAAACAGAAGAAACAAUUUGACAACCAACAGAGUCGAAUACGCGAUCAAAGUGGUGAAAUUGAAAUGUUACGCACUGAAUUGAAUAAACAUGAACAACACUUAAGUAAUCUCCAAAAUGAAUCACAAGUACGUGAACAGGAGUUCGAAGCGGAGAAAGCUAAAUUAAAGGCUCAAGUUCAGAGUAUAUUACAAGACAUAGCGCAAAUUCAAGAUGAAAUGCGAGUUGUGAAGGAAUCCCACGAUGAGUUGGAAGUGGAAAAACUAAAACUUGAACAAAGAAUUGAAAAUAUGCAACGGGAAGCACAGGACGCUAGCGACGGUACUCAACAUUGGCAUGAACAACUGGUAGAUACUGAAGAUAAACUUCGUCUUGUGGAGUUAAAGCUACAGCAAGUAGAGACUGAAAAUUCGCAAUUGGCAGAGAGGAAUUGCUUGCUGGAAGAGCAGAACAAUCGUUUUGAGAAACAAUUAGCCGAGCGCGAACGUCAAAAAGACACCGAAGAUGCAAACACAAAUGAACUGCGCCUGCAGUUGGAUAGCACGGAGAUGUCUUUGCGUAAACUGAACGAAAAAAUGUCGGAAGUACUGGAUGAAAAUUCUCGAAUGCACAAUACUCAAGAGUUAAUGGACCAUGACUAUCGUACCUUGCAAGACAAAUUUAAUACGUUAGAAAAGGAGAAGUUUAUGGUAGAGGACGUACAAACAGGCUUACAAGAAGAACUGGAACAGCUUCGAGAACACAAGUUGGUAUUGGAAAAUAAGUUGCGUGAGACCGUUGAGCAGCUUCAGGAAACAGAAGAGAAAUGUGCGGAACAAAAGAAGAAUACUGAAGCAUAUGAAAAAGAACUGAAAGAGAUGGUAUUGGCCCGAGAACGCUUGGAAAAUGAGAAUCAAAUGUUGAGUGCAGAAUUAAAUGAACUUCGGGCAGCUCAGUCGGAUGAUGAGAAAUUGCAUAAAUUAAUGUGCGAACAAAAACGUCGCAUCGAAGAGUUGGAACACGAAUUGAUUGAUAGUGAAAAAUCGGCAAAAGCGAAUAUCGACAUUGUAGAUAAAGAGAACAGAGAUUUGUACGAAAAAUUAAGUACCUUGGAAGCAAACAGAGAAGAAUUGGAGCUCGCAAAGGAAGAAAGCCUACUUUUGAAAACGCAAAAUGAGGAACUACAUCGAGAAUUGUCUACUUUGAAUACAGAACUGAAGCAGAGUCGGGAGAGUAGUAAAGUACUUGAGACACAAUUAGCACAGUUGCAUUCAUUAGAGCAAGAGAAGGAAACAAGUGAAAAGACACUCCAAGCAUUGACAGUUGAAAUAAAUAAAUUGAAAGAAGAAUCAAAAGCUCACAUUGAAGAUGCGCAAAACAGGGCACUGGAAUUGGAAGCAUUACAGCAGCAAUUGCAGAAUUCAAGUGGAACAAAUGAAAAACUUGAAAACACCGAGUUGGAACUGCAGAAAAUGCAAGAAUUAGAAAAGAAUUUACGCGCCGAAGCUGUUAAUAACGCUGAAUUGGCAAGUAAAAAAAUGCAAGAACUGGAGGAGCAAUUGCACACUGCCAAGAGCGAUAUUGAGCGAUUGCACGAGAGCAACGACGCUAUUCAAGUGGAGAUGGAUAAGUUACAAAACAAAAAUGAGCUACAAGUGCAGAAUUUGGAGGGAACAGUACAACAAUUGAAAGAACACAAUGAUAAACUCCAGCAACAGCUUGAGAGUCAAAAGGUUGACGGAGAAAAACUUGCAAAUUUUGAACAAUUGCAAAUUGAAAAUGAGUAUCUAAAUAAACAUGUGAAGCAACUGGAAACCGAGCUGACGACACAACGCACUGAAGCAUCCGGUCAGUUGCAAGAAGGCCAAGAUCUGCGAGAGAAAUUGAAAUCACUGCAAUGCGAGCUUUAUGUGUUACGUGAAAAUGCAGAGAAACACGAUGCCCAACUUGCGGAAAAACAAAAAGCAAUCGAUAGUGCUGAAAAUGAGUGCCAACACUUGCGAGAAAAGCUGACGAAUGAACACGCUGAGUUGGAUCGUCAAAUAGUGCAUGCCAAGUAUAUUACUGAGCAAAAUGAUGCCAUACAAAGUGACUUAUUACACAAACAACAUCAAUUAACAGAAGUGGAGCAACAAUUGCACGAUGUUAAGGCUGAACUCGACGAGGCGAAAUCCAUACACGCCGCAGACACUCUCAGCAAAACAAACGAAAUAGAUGCAUUGCGUGCUGAAUUACAACAAAACGCAGUUGAACUCAAUGCAAAGGCGCAGCUACAGGAAGAGCUCGACGUAUUGCGUGUUGAACUGGCAGAACAUAGCCAGUUGAAAGAAGUCUCAUUGUCCCAGGCAACUGUGGAAAAUGGGCAAAAAUCAGCUUUGGCUAGUGAAGCUGAGAAUUUGCGUCGCAUUAAUGAGGCCUUACAACGUGAAUUAGAAGAUCUCAAACAUAAAUCAACGUCUGAAAUCACAGAGUUGCAACAAGAGAUUGAAGAUAUGCAAAGCAAUGCCAGACAUAUGAGUGAAAAAUUAGCAGAAGCUGAAAAGGCGAAUGCUAAUGCUGACCAAGAAUUAGUGCAGGCUACUCGAAAUGCUGCCAUAGGCGAAGAAUUAUCGAAAACGGAAGAGCUGUUGCAGCGAGAAAAGGCAGAAUUGGCGACGAAAUUACGCGAGAUCAUGAACGAAGUUCGCGAUGUGUCUGAACGUAAUCUUUUCCUUGAGCAGCAAUGCGAAAACUAUCUGAUAUUGGAGCAAUCAAAUGAACGUUUGAAGCUGCAAAAUGCCAAAUUGUCACGUCAGUUAGACGAAACAUUGGUGUCAAUGCAACACAAUGAAGGCAUUACAGCGAAUACGGAAUUUGAGUACUUAAAGAAUAUUAUGUUUCAGUAUUUAACGGGAUCUGCCAAUGGCAAUAACGAAACGCUUGUCAAAGUGAUAUCAGCGGUUUUGAAAUUCUCACCUCAACAAACCCAAGUGGCACUUGAAAAGGAGCACCAGCGCCGUUCAUUGAUCAACAAAAUUCUAUAGCAAGAAUUGGAGCAAGCCUACGCAGCUACAUGGUGGUAGCAUUAACAUUGGUUUGCAAACUCAAAGAAAUUAAAUUGACCCAUUUAUGUAUAGUGAAUGUCAUUAAAACUACUAAAUAGUUACUAUACACUUGAUUGGUUGCAGGUACCGCAUACACAGAUCAUUAAGGAGUGGCGGUUUAGCUUAUUACCCGUAUAAGGCUUUUGAAAUAAAUUCGGAUUGCUAAUUAACAGUGAAUUAAAUAUUUUUGAUUUUAAGAUACCGAUAACGCAUUUUAAAUGUAUAAAAAAAAUUCUCAAUUGAAUAAGUACCUACUACAUAUAUAUAACGGGCGUAAUGCAGUUUUGAAUAUGUGUAAAUUGUAAUAAAAAAGUAUAAAAUAGAAACUGUACGCCAAUUAAAAAAAGUUUGUAUAGACCUAAUUAUGGAUUUGCUAAGGAUUAACAUUCAUGUAUACAUACAUACGUAUAUAUACACAAAUAUUCAAAUGUAUUACUGUUAUUUUGUUCGAUUUCGUUUCGCGUUUGUAUUGAAAAGGCAUUAAGCUGUUAUUAAUUGUGCAAUCUUGUAAUGGAA